GGAUGAUUGCAUCUGUUUUAAUGACUCGAUCCGAUUUCAGCAGCAGGUAUUUGUUUUCUAGUUGCGUCAUGCGUUUCCAUGAAGACCAUCACUGGGUUCAUCAGACUCGAGUUGCUAUCCUGUACACUAGACAUUCCUGUAGCGAGUUUCUCUAAAGAUGAUGUCCAAUAAAAGCCAGGUAUUGGCUUGGAUGAAGAACCGCCAUGCUUUUCAACACACGGUCCGUGCCUCUGGUCAGUCUGAGGUCUGGUACGAUUUCACAGAUGAGAUGAAAUUCCGCCAGUAUGGAUGGCGAUGCUCAACCAACGAGGACUUGUACUCAAAUUCCACUCUCAUUGGAAACUGGUCUGAAGAGAGUUUUGACACACGGCGUACUGUAGCGUCACGACGCCCCCUUCCGAGUCAGUUCUCUCACUAUUUUGAAACCACAUAUCAUUCCAGCUAUAAGAAAGAUGACAUUCAGCCCAAAUACACAAGAGCAAAGAGAGAGCCAAGAAGCUUUCCUGGACACCAACCGGAGCUUGACCCUCCACACAUUAAAUGUGUGCCGGACUCCUGCUACAGAAUGCACUUCAAAGGCACUCAAAAUAGACAAGAAAUAACAGAAGAGACCUUAGACCCUCAGUGUGUGAGUGAAACUGAGAAAACAGAAACAAAUUAAUGCAUUUAGAUGAUGAAUUCUCGUUACAAAAUUAAAUCAGCUUUAGUUUCAACUCACUGAGUUAUCCAAGUCAGUCAAAUAUUAAUAAAAAUACUAAUAGCAAUUACUUUUUUUGCUCAAGCAGCGGUCUAUUUUUUCCCUAAAUCACUGAGGUUUGGUAAUUUUCCUUGUCAAAUGUUAUUGACUAAUUUACUCCACUGCACUAUUGCACUAUGUACUACUUCAACA